AACAGAUGAAGCAGAAAUGGUUGAGGGAGGAAGAAGAUGAAGGCUUCAAAGCUGGCUGGAGAAGAAAGGGAAAGUGAAAUUCCUGGUACGCAUGCAAUAGAGGGGGUUGGUUGUGCUAAAUGGGCACCGUCUCUAGGGAGCACCUGGUCAACGACACGUGGAUGGAGGUAGCAACAAAUCGGACGGUCCGCUUUGGCAGCAGGAACUCGCACGGUCCGAGUUGCGUCUUCCCAGUCGCACGGUCCGAGUUCUAUUUUCUCUGACCCAAUCUCAAGCACCCCUCCUCCCCAUAUCAGCGUCUAGCACCAGCUAUGCCUCCAUAUUAAAAUUCAAAAGCGGCAAAACGAUGUUGAGUUUUUUAUUGUUAAAAAACAAGUGCCGUUGCUUGUGAUCUUGCCUCACCACGAGUCAAAUUAAAAAGCGUAUAGGUUCUCGUAACCAUUAAAAUUGAAUUUGGCAGUUAUGUGUCUAAGUUGGAGUUAAACCCCAAAGUGGUCCAUGAGAUUUACGAUUUGCACCAAUUUAGUCCCUGACUUACCAAUUGCACUAUUUAUAUUCCCGACUUUGUUAAAAUUGCACCAAGGUCAUCCCUAACCACAUCUCCGGGCAAAUUAACUGUCGCCGGCAGUGACCUGGCACUGAGAAGCCACACUGGGUGCCACGCUGGAGUGCAAUCUUGGCACUAAAAAUGUGGAUGGAUGGAACGGCGUCGUUUCAUGUAUGUUUAGAAACAAAACCCAAAUAACCCAAGUUCUAUGAUCACUUCAUCUUCCUCUUCGUCCUGAAAACCAAAACAAUGCACCAUGAAAUCCUGAGUGCUGGCCAUUGUAUAGGGUUUGAAGGUUGAAAACGUUUAGCUCCGUGGAAUUCGCUGCCACUGUGAUAGUGUUGUGCGGUCGUUGUUGGUGAAGGAAGGAGAAGCAGUUCAUCGCAAUCACACGAAGGUACGUUUGAACUCGAAAAAAUAAUGCUUUUCAACAAAAAGAAUAGCAUCAAUGUCUGUGUUUGUUGAAAAUUUGAUUUUGGUUGAUGAAAGUUAAAAGUUUUUUAUUAUCUGUUAGGAUUUUUGUGUGUAAGGGUGAAAUUUUUUCCAUGCUCUGUUUUGAAUGCAAUCUUAGUUGGGUUGGUUGAUGGGUGUUUCUAGUAUUUUAUAAGUGGUUGAAUGUCAAUGUUUAUUUUUACAUGUGCGAAUCUGAUUGUUUGGUUCCUCAAUUUGGUUUUUUGCAUAAUGCAAAUGGAGACUUUGAUGGAUAUCAUGUUCCAUCAUGGGGGAACAUUAAAAAAAAUGAUGAUGGAAUACUAGUGUACUCACCAGAUAACAGAACUUGCUUAGGAGAUUUAGAUGAGGACACGUUGGAUGUGUUCUUCGUAAGGAACUAUUACAAGGAGCUUGGGUAUGACAACAUACUUCAAUGUUGGUGGCUGCCUCCUGGGAGGAGCUUAGAUGGUGGACUGAGGGCUCUUACAUCUGAUGGUGAAUUAAGAGAGAUGUGUUUUGCUGCACAGAAUAAUGAUGGAGUUGUUGAUGUGUACUUUGAGCAUGGGGUGUCCACACCAGAGGUGAUUGCAAGGAAGGAAGUUGUAGUAUGGGUUGAUGAUACUUGUGAGAGAGACUUGGUGAGCAAGAAGAACACAAGUGAGGGUCCCGAAACUGAUGGUAACACCUCGAACCCAACUACAGAACCGAAUUCUAUCCCAAAUGCAAACCCAAACCCCAUAAACAAUCCUAUUCCAACCCCCUUGAAACCAACCAUGUCACUAUUCAAACCCCAUUGAUGAUAACACAACUCCAAAUCCAAUGCCUGCUAAGGCUCAUGAGAAACCCAAUCUGAAGCCUAAUUCUAAUCCAAAUCCUAAACCUAAGUCAAAGCCCAACACAACAUCCAUCUUCAGGCCCAAAUUGACUAAAAAGCCCAAUCAGAAGCCCAAUCAGAAGCCCAACCCAAGCCUGAAAAUCAAGCUAAGAGAGACUACCAAGGCAUGCUCCACAGCCAAAGAUAAAAGCAAAGCAAAAAUGAAAUCCAAACCUCAAUUUUUACCUAGGAGAAUUACAAGAUCUCAGGCUGUUGGAAACAUAUAGAAGGUCUGCUAAUAAGGGCAAGGGAGCUCUUCAUGUUGACUUAAAUGUAAAUGAUGAUUCCAGUGAUGAUGAUGGUUCAGAGGAUAGUUCCUUUAAGCCAAUACAAGAAGAUAGCUCUAGCAGUGAAGAUAAUGCAAGUAUGUCCAAAUCAAGAAAUAAGAAAGUAAAGGACAUCAAGAGAGCUACAUAUGCUGCUACUAAGACAAGAGAGAACAUAAUGCAACCAGAUGAUGCAUUGGUUGAAGAUGUGUCAGAUGGAGAGGUGGACUUGGGGUUUGUGGGAACUCCAAGAAUUGUUGAUGUGUAUGAAGCACUUGACCCAGGUGCAGUAUCUGAUGGUGCUAAUUCUUGGCACUUAGAGGAGAUAAAGACUCCUCUUCCUGGCCAAUCAUUAUGGGAGAAAUUCUUGUACACUCAACCACAGGCCCCUAACAUUAGGAGGAGGCCUGGAGCUUUGACAAAGAAAAGGAGAAAAGAUGCUGAUGAGGGCAACAAUGGUAAUAAGAAAGCCAAACCAAGUGAAAGUUUGAAAAGGCAUUUGAAGCCAUUCACAUGUAGGUAUUGUAGGGUAAAAGGGCAUACUAAGAGAGGGUGCUUAAAGAAGAGACUAGAUGAAGUAGCUGCUGCAGAUAAAGCCAAAUCAAAUGUUGCUGCUUCUGCUUCUGAGGCUGGCCCUCCCCCUCAAACUAAUACUGCUGCUUCUGCUUCUGAGGCUGGCCCUCCCCCUCAAACUGAUGCUACACCAGCUAAUAACCCUCCUGCUGUGGAGAUUGACAUAUCACAACCAAACUACGAAGGAUCACAAGACAUAGCAGGACCUGCUGCACCUGCACCACCAAGGCCACAGAAGUUGCCCACCAAAAGAAAGAGCUCACCACCACCUCAAUUCAUUAGUGUGGAUCCAAUGUAAGGAGUCAGUGUGGCUACAUCUUCCAGAUUGCACAACUUUAUGAAGUUUGUUCCAACUCCCGAUUUCAAAGCACCAAGGAAAAAGAACAAUUCAUGACUUUGACAUCAGGAUGUUUAGGACAGUACUUUGUUGUUUUGUUAAAGGCAGUUAGUAGAUAGUUGCUUUGUUUAGGACAAUUGUCAUAACUUUUGUAUUGCCAGCCUUGAUAACUAUGCUGUGGCACUUCUUUUGUUCCUUUAAUGUUUGCAACUCAAAUAGGUUAAUGUUUGCUACUCAAAUAUGUUUA